AUGAGGAGCAAUGGAUGUGAUGCCAAAGGAAACUUUCUACUAGAUGAUGGCCCCCUACCACCAUGCAUGCAAAAAUCACUGGAUAACUGGACUCCAUACCGCAAUUGGUUGGAGUUCAAACUCACCAAUUUUCUCUUUACACAUGCCAAAAUGUCUGCCAAAAAACUUGACAUGUUGCUGGAGAUCUGGGCUGCAUCUUUACUUGCAUUAGGUGGGGAUCCACUAUUUAAUAACCAUGCAGAGCUCUAUCAUGUAAUCAACAGAACCUGUGUUGGCAAAGUUUCAUGGGAGGACUUCACAAUCUGGUACACUGCUGAAGUUUCCAAUUUGGCAGCUGAAAUGGACUAUGUACUGUACCAGGAAUAUAAUGCUACAAACAAUGAGAGAUGCUGGCAAGAUUCUAUGUCUGGUAACUGGGCAUGGGAAGAAGUGGACAGGAUCAUUCAUGAGUUCCCAAUGACAGGCAGGGCAAUGUUAGUACCCAUAAUACUCAGUAGUGACAAGACAACCAUGUCUGUAGCAACUGGACAGACAGAUUACUACCCACUGUACCUCUCCAUUGGAAACAUGCACAACACCAUUCAUCAUGCUCACCACAAUACUGUGGUCCUAAUUGCAUUCCUCACAAUGCCCAAAACAACAAGAGAGCAUGCCAGCACACCUGAGUUCUGUAAAUUCAAGAGACAGUUCUUUCAUUCAUCACUAACUCGCAUCCUUAACUCACUUCAUCCCACAAUGAAGGUCCCCAAAUGUGUCAUCUAUGGGCUUGCAGCAUACAUAGCUGAUUAUGAGGAGCAGUAUGGAAUCUUCAGUGAUUUAAUACCAUUUACAAAUGACUUUUUUCACACAGAUAUUCAUAGAAUGCUAUCCCCAGAUAUUCUCCACCAGCUCAUUAAAGGCAGUUUUAAGGAUCACUUGGUGGACUGGGUUGAGAAGAACCUGAUCAACAUUCAUGGAAAAACCAAAGCUGAAAAGAUCCUUGAUGACAUUGACUGCCAAAUUGCAGCUGUUGCCCCAUUCACUGGCCUGCAAUGUUUCCCUCAAGGAUGGCACUUCAAACAAUGGACUGAUGAAGCAUUCCUUGAAUUUUGCUACCUCAUUCAUCAAAAUGUUGUCACAGAGCAAUCACUGGCUGAAAUUGAUGAUGCCCUCAGACACUUCCAUUACUACCAUGAAUUUGGUGUGCCAAAUGGACUCUGUUCCUUGAUUACUGAGUCCAAAAAUAUCAAGGCCAUUAAACAACCUUAUCAGUGCACAAACCACUUUCAAGCCCUUGGACAAAUGCUCUUGAUUAAUCAAAGGCUCAACAAACUUGCUGCAGCACAUGCAGACUUUGAGGAGCAUGGUAUGUUGAAUGGAACAUGUCUAAUGCAGGACAAAACUCUCAUGACAAUCAUGAUUGGCACCAUGACAUUGCAGAAGGCUGAGGAACCCACAGCAAGUUAUGAGGAGGACUCUGGCGAUACUGUAGAUACCCCCAUGAUGAUCAACACACAUGUAUUAUUGGCAUGUGCAUACCAUAUGCCCUAUUUCUCAAAACAUAAAUGUGCAAAGGAUGUAGGGUCCCUAGCAGCUGAACUAGAGAUGCCACAGUUCCCUGAGAUUCUGCAUUGCUUUCUCCAUGGGCAGCUCUAUCCUGCUGAUGCCUGUGAUCCACAAGAAAUUCCUUUUGAUGAGUGCCCAUUUUACAACAGUAAACUAUGCAUCUACAACUCCACAAGUUUGACUUUUUUUGCAUCAAGCAACCUGAGUGGCAUCUACAGUAUGCAUCAUGAAUAUAUCCAUUCCUGCCCCAUGUGGAGAAAUGAAGGCCCUCACUUUGAUUGUGUGUUUGUUGUAACUGACCCACAGGCAGAGGGCAUGGGGGCCUUAGAUGUUGCUCAUGUCCUUUGUUUCUUUUCAUUCAGAUAUCUACAGAUGGUGUACCCAUGUGCCAUCAUCCACUGGUUUGACCAUGUAGGUGAUAACCCUGAUGAAGACAUAGGGAUGUGGAUCGUCUGCCCAAGCUACCUUGUGCAACACACAUGCAACAUCCAAAACCUUGCUGUUAUUCAUAUCAACAUGAUAUAUCAUGCAGCUCAUCUCAUCCCCAUUUACUCCACUCACAACAUCAAUUCUAGAGAUGUCAAACCACAUUGCUCUUAUAAUAUGUUUCAUUCCUUCUAUGUGAAUAAGUUUGCUGAUCACCACACAUUCAAGAUCACCUUCUAG